GCCCAUGUUUUCAGCUCAUGACUUGUUCUUGAAUUUUAAUGGUCUUGCAAGUUUCCUACACAAUGAAACCACUGAUGAAUGUUCUGCAUUGCAGGAUGCACAUGUCUUUAACCUUCAGACACUGAUUCACUUGUUGGAAGUUGUAAUUUCGGCAGCUGAGUCUUAUUGAAAGUCUUUACGUUUGAUUACAAGACAAUUCAUGAAAUUCCCAUCAACUGCAUAACUUGCCACCAAAGUUCCAUAUUUGGGUGUUUGCUCUAUUUUUCUGUUUUUUUGCCUGGCAUCCCUACAAUCUCCUUUAAAUUGGUUUCAUCUGUGUUUAGGAUCUCAUUGACAGUCCCCAGGCGACCAUACGAGUCAGGGGGAGGGGUUUGAACUCGCCCUCUUCCCCGGUGAGAAGACACGUUUCCAUACGUAUUUUUUUUCUAGCCUAAAAGCCUUCUUUGUGAGCAGUGACCAUAAAUACCAGAGCAAGGCCACUCGGUCUGCUCACAGCCUGCUGCAGUCUGCUGUCUCACACUCCGUUUCCAGCUUAUAGCAUGCAGAUCCUGAGCUGUGCGCUCGUCUUGUCCUGCUGCGUUUGGGCAGCUGUUGCUCACAACCGGGAUGGAGAAGAUGCUGCUGAGGUGGGAAGGAGUAAAAGCAUCUUGGAGGAACCCAUCCAGUUUGUUACGAAAGCCAAGGACCGAUGCUCUAUGACUUUGACAGGACAUGGGGAGCUGACCAGGCUGCGUGUCUCCUGCGUGGGCCAGGAAGCAUCUUACUGGUGCGAGUAUGAGGGCAAGCCAGGCAUUUGCCGCAACUACAAAACCAACCCUCGGCACUUCUUCACACAGAUCAUGUGGGAGCUGCGCAAGUUGAACAACGCCUGCCAAGGCCCACAAAACCUCAAGCCUAUCAUGUGUAAGAAAGCGUCGGAUGAAUCCCAAAUGGUCUUCACCACGGGUUCUUCGGCCACUUUGGUACAAAGACCACUAAAACCACAAGCCACACACACCACGGCUGUCAAGCAGGACCAAGCCAAACCUGAGCAAGCCAAAACUGAACCACCUACGAGUGCACCGCGUUCUGAUCAAGCCAAGCCAGAACAGAAACCAAACAGCGCAAGACAAAAGCCAACUAGACAAAAGCCAGCAAAACCUCAACCAACAAGACCUCCACCUGCUAGACCUGCAAAGGCCAAAACAGAUCAAGUCAAAGCAGAGCCGGCGAAACCUGUGGCAUCCAAACCAGUGACCAAAACUACAACGCUGAAGAAGGUUCUGGCACCAAAGACAGCUACACAAGCUCCAACUACAACCACUCCAGCACCCACAAGGUCUGCUGAGAACCUGGCACGGCAGUACUGCUGGCACGGCAUGCAGGACUUCUGCACCACAGUCAUUGGCUGGUUCACAAAAUAAAAUAAAUCCAGCUGGAGAAAAAACUUGAAAAUCCUCACACAGUAGCCUGGUGCGGUUCUGUGGAAAGGAGAGAUCCGAUAGAAAGCAGACGAUAACUGAGUGUGCAGUGUAUGUCGUUAGAAUUGAAGAUAUUUGGAUGGACGUGUAGUGAAAAGCCUUCAUAUCGUCAUGUAAAGAUGUCCGUUGCACAGACCUUGAUUCCAUUGUACCAUGUGCAAAACAACCAAAUGAUGUUUACUCUCCAAAUAUGUUUACUAUAACAAACAGGAGCUUUAUACAUACUCAGAACCUCAGACAGACAGUUUUUGGACAUUGUUAUAAAUGUACAGUUAGAAACACCUCCUCAGAGGCUUAGACAAUUUCAGGGACUCAACAGUUAGUUUUAUUUUGCUAGACGAAUUAACCAGAUUCCUUUUACUAAAGUAACCAGCUUACUUUACUAACUAGUGUAGACGAUGCAUACUUUACUGAACGAAACAGUGUAUGAAUGUCUGAAAGUAUGAUGAAUAAAUUUUGACUUUUUUUUUU